UGGAGAAGAAAAGUAACAAAGGGACGCACAUGAUGAGAAGCGCGGGGUUGUUGCUUGGCUACUUUUUGGUGAAAGUUCUUGAAUGCGACGCGGAGGGGGAGCCAGGGCAGAAGCUGGACGGCUUUAUUAUGGUACCAACGGGUACCAACGAAUCAAAAUUGAACGGAGAGAAUAGCGUUUCCGAGAGUCCGCAUACAGAGGACAAGUGCCGGGGUUAUUACGAUGUGAUGGGCCAGUGGGAUCCGCCGUUUGUGUGCCAGACGGGCAGUUACCUAUACUGCUGCGGGACCUGUGGCUUCAGAUUCUGCUGUGAGUUUACAAGCUCGCGGCUGGACCAGACCACCUGUAAAAACUAUGACACCCCGCCGUGGAUGAUGACAGGCAGACCCCCGCCUAAGAAAAAAGACCCCACUCACGACCCCACAAAGGAUAAGACAAACUUAAUUGUGUAUAUAAUAUGUGGAGUUGUUGCCAUAAUGGCCCUCGUUGGGAUUUUCACAAAACUUGGACUUGAAAAGGCGCACCGUCCACACAGAGAAAACAUGUCAAGGUGUGUGUGCAUAGUAAACAACCCCAGCUAUCGCUGUGCGCAAUGCAGUAACAACUUUGGAUAGCCUAAAUGAAUGCAGGAAUGUAACUUUUAUUUGGGUGUCAGACGUUUCCUUAAAAUAUUUUGAUGCAUUAAAGAUGCUGUUUUGUUAAAAUAGGUGAUAACCCACUGGACACAGACAUCAGUUCAACUUCUAGUUUUGAUUUACAUUUGGUUGAAAUCAAAAAAAAAAAAAAAAAUGUAAUUGGAUUUAGGUUACCUUAAUGAUUUAGGUUACCAUUUCCUUACCUUGAUGACUUUUUUCAAGUCCAGUCAGUUUUCCCACAUCACAUAGAUUUGUUAGUUGGAAUGACAUGGAAACAACCUUGAUUCAUGAUUCAACCUGUUUUUGCCCAGUGGAAAGUGUUAAAAUAUUGAAUAAAUGGACAUGCUCAGUCCAUUUGACCACAAUUUGAUUGGCAAUCAUAGGCAAUACAUAGGCAAUACAUAGGCAGCCUACUAUAUUGUAUUUGUGAGUGGCUGUGAAUACCUGUCCAAUUGCGUUGGUGUCUUGAGAUUCCAUCAAAAUGUCAUACUUUUCAUUCUGAAUGAUUGAGAUCGCUAUACUUAAUAAUAAUGAGCACACUAUGUCCUGGUAAAACCAGAUGUGCUGUAGGUAGUAGUGUGUGAUGAGCCAUGCUCUCAUCUCCCUUGAUGUCAUUUCAUCUCACACCCACAUGGUGACAUUAAGGCCACUUUUUUUACUCCAUUACACCUGCAAUUGUUUUUAAUUAUCUCACUGCCCUAGAUUUCAUCAUUUUAAUUAGCUUCAUUAUUCUUUGACGUUAUGCGUCCACUCAAGGUUCACUUCCCCCAAAAAUGGGUUGAUUCAAUGUUGUUUCCACAUCAUUUCAACAAAAAGAUUCAAUGUGAUGACUUUGAAUCAACAUGGAAAACUGAUUGGAUUUGCAAAAAGUCAUCAACGUAAGGGAAUUUCAUAUUUUUUUCACCCAACUUUUAACCUAAAUCCAAUGACAUGGUGACAUUUUUUGUUAAUUUCAUAUUGAACUUGUGUUAGUUGACAACUCAACCAAAUGUAAAUCAAAACUAGAUGUUGAACUGACCUCUGUGCCCAGUGGGCUGCCUUUGUCUCAACAUGCGUUGGGAUCCCUACUGUCAUUUGUCAUAUAUCCCACCUACAGUAUAUUAUCAAUGCCCAAAGGAAGGUGAUCCCACUAACCCACUGUAGCAUAAAUGGUACUGUGCAUAUCAAACGAAAACCCUUUGAGCAUAUGAUAAUUGGUCAUUGGUAGGUCAUCUACAAGCACGAUGCAAGCAUGAGAAUAAUUGCUUUGAUUUAAUUGGCCUAGAUUGAAUUUGAGUCUACAUUAUUCAAACAUUAAGACUUGUAAGGAUUUCCGAUAAAUAGCAGAUAUAUAUUGAGGUUUGCAGCAUUUGAGCUACUGCUACUGUAAUUUUGGAGCUAUUUUGAUUUCCAUGUCGUGCUUUAUUAUUGAGUGGACCAGCUGAUUGAGGUGUUUGUGUUUCGUCAGGGCUCUAGCCCAGGUGAUGCGCCAGCCUGGUCCAGGAGAACACUCAGAAGACAUUGGGGUGCAUGGACAGCACUAUGACAACAUGCAAGCCAACAGGGUACCUGCUAACAGUCUC